AUGAAGACAGCUGUUGUCUGGGUGAUUCAACAGAAUACAUUACAACGUUGGUGUCCACAAAAUCUCCUGGAGUGUUUCUGGAUUUGUUUCAAACUAGUCCUUAAGUGGGUGUAUGAGGGAGCCUGUCCUAACCUUUUCAUUCCCCAAAAUAACAUGUUUCUGAGUAAAGUCCAAGGUGAAGCACAGCAUCAGCUAUUUAUAAGACUGUAUGGGUUGUAUGAGAAGGGUUUAGAAUUCCUGCUUCAGAGUCCCUCCAUCAGGUCUUGUAUUCUAAAUGUUCUUCACGACCCCCAUCUCUCCAUCUGUACAGAUGAACAUACUCUGAUUUCUGAGGUUGAAUUUGAUGUUGAGCUGUUUCAAGAGAUACGCAGACACGACACACUUCCCACACCAAACCUAGAAACCUGUAUUAGAUAUAUACAUACAAUAGAACAGAUGAUAGAUUUACCCCUCCUGACUCAGUAUCAAGUCGUGAUGCUACAGAGACUUACAGCGACUGUCCUUCAGAACACAGCUUUUAUAUUACACAUGGUAGCUUACACAAAGGAAAACAAAAUGAGAUAUAGAGCUGACAAAAUCUCCUGUCACAUGCUGAAAUUAACAGCCAAGUUUGGUUGUAUAAUUGACAUGAUAUACAUAGCUAUGUAUUAUUACAAGACGCUUAGAUAUACAGAGGCUUUAUCUAUUAUAGAGAUGAUCAAGAACAAGUUAGCACAGCCAUAUGUGAUGUAUGACUAUGUAGAUAGAGCGAUGUAUACUGAGGCUGUAGGGGGACAGUCCUGGUCUACAAAGAUGAGACAGGCUGUAGCAUGGAUUAUCCUGCUUUACAAUAAAACCCAUUACAUCAAUGAGUUAUUACCAGAACAACAAUCUGCUCAACAGAAAAUUAAGGGUUAUACUUCAUUACAUGUCCCACCCCUUGUACUGUUACACAUGCUAGAAAUCCUGUGCUACAGACAUGUAGACACAAUGAGAGCACAAACAGCUCUAGAUGAUCUUCAGACCCUAGUUCACUAUGAUCAAGGACCGUAUACACCUUUACAUUUCAGAGACAUAUCAUGGCAGAUUCUGGGAAUCUGUCAACAGGUGACAGGGAAUCCCCAGGCUGCUCUAUACUCAUACCAACAAUCUCUCAGACAAGAACCAUUUAACGAUAUACACACAGCCACAAAAAUGAGAAUACAGGGAACUCGUCAUUAA